CCGUCCCCUCCCCCCCUCUCUCUCUGUAAUAUUGAGAAAUAUUCCGUCCCCCCCCCUCUCUCAGUAAUAUUGAGAAAUAUUCCGUCCCCUCCCCGCCUCUCUCUCUGUAAUAUUGAGAAAUAUUCCGUCCCCUCCCCCCCUCUCUCUCAAAAUAUUCCGUCCCCUCCCCCCCUCUCUCUCUGUAAUAUUGAGAAAUAUUCCGUCCCCCCCCCCCCUCUCUCAGUAAUAUUGAGAAAUAUUCCGUCCCCUCCCCGCCUCUCUCUCUGUAAUAUUGAGAAAUAUUCCGUCCCCUCCCCCCCUCUCUCUCUGUAA